CCGAACGUAUGUAAAGUCAGUGUCGAGUUAGAUACAAAAUGAAAAUACUAUUUCUAUUUUCGGUCGUUUAUUUUCUAAAUGUUCAAACCUGUUUUUGCGUUAAAGGGUCCGAUGAUAACUUCAAAGGGAAGAACACGAUCAACGGUAUUCUAGAAAGACUUAAGGCAGCUGAAAAACAAAUACAGGUACUUCAGAAAACAAUCUCUGCCCACCAAGACAACGGCAACAAAAAAUUAAACUUGGCUAACACGCGAUCCAUUACCAAUGGUAACACGGCAAUCGGUUUUACGGCAUGUUUGUCGGUGUCUGGAGACGUCAAAUAUGAACGUGAUCAGACAAUCAUUUUCGACAAAGUAUUUACAAACGUAGGUCACGGCUACAAUUCCCAUUCUGGCGUUUUUACUGCCCCGCGGAGGGGAUUAUAUGUGUUCCAUUUAGCUGCUAUGGCACGUUCAGAAACGAGCAAAUUACUAGAUCUUGUUAAAGACGGAAACAGAUUGGACACAGCAUAUGUCGGUGCCCAUGGUGCGAUUGACUAUCAGUCUGUCUCUAAAGAAUGGGCUCUGCAGUUAGAGCAGGGCUCUCAAGUUUGGAUUAAGGAAGGCAGUUAUCAUGGAGAUAUAAUAGAUGGGUGGUGUAAAACGGCUUUCACCGGCUAUAUGGUGGGCGCAAUGUGAUGUCAUGAUAAUGUUAAUAUUAACAAGAAUAAAUACAUGUACAAUGCUGAA